AUGGAAUCCAUCAUAAGGAUCAACAAUCCUGCAGACAUCUCUGUUAUUGUCAUCUACUUCGUGUUAGUUUUGGCAGUGGGACUAUGGGCUAUGUACUCCACCAACCGAGGCACAGUGGGAGGGUUUUUCCUGGCUGGAAGGAGCAUGGUGUGGUGGCCGAUUGGUGCUUCUCUGUUUGCCAGCAACAUUGGCAGUGGACACUUUGUGGGAAUAGCAGGAACAGCAGCAGCUGGAGGAAUUGCCAUCGGAGGAUUUGAGUGGAACGCUCUGAUAUUUGUGGUGAUUCUAGGAUGGCUCUUUGUGCCCAUCUACGUCAAAGCUGGGGUGGUGACAAUGCCAGAGUACCUGAAGAAGCGUUUUGGUGGGAAACGGAUCCAGGUCUACCUGUCAGUCCUUUCCCUGAUCCUGUAUAUUUUCACAAAGAUCUCAGCUGAUAUAUUCUCUGGAGCUGUAUUUAUCCAGCUGGCCAUAGGACUGAAUCUUUAUGUGGCCAUAAUUAUCCUGCUUGCUAUUACUGCUCUUUACACUAUCACAGGUGGCCUUGCAGCUGUGAUUUACACAGACACCUUACAAACGUUCAUCAUGGUAGUGGGAUCCAUUAUUCUCACGGGAUUUGCAUUUACUAAGGUAGGAGGGUAUGAGGCUUUCAUGCAGAAAUACAUGGAAGCCAUUCCAUCCAACACCACCUAUGGGGACACCCAGGUGGAUCCCAAGUGCUACACCCCUCGCAGCGACGCCUUCCACAUCUUCCGAGACCCCACGGGGGACCUGCCUUGGCCAGGGCUCGUCUUUGGCCUGAGCAUCAUUGCCUUGUGGUACUGGUGCACUGAUCAGGUUAUUGUCCAAAGAUGCCUCUCUGGAAAGAACAUGUCCCAUGUGAAGGCUGGCUGUAUCCUGUGUGGGUACCUCAAACUCUUGCCCAUGUUUAUCAUAGUGAUGCCUGGAAUGAUCAGCCGGAUUUUGUACCCAGAUGUGGUGGCUUGUGUUGUGCCUGAAAUCUGUCAGCGUUACUGUGGUACCGCAGUGGGCUGCACAAACAUUGCUUAUCCAAAACUCGUGGUGGAGCUUAUGCCAGAUGGUCUGCGGGGCCUGAUGCUGUCAGUCAUGCUGGCCUCCCUUAUGAGUUCCCUGACAUCCAUUUUUAACAGUGCCAGUACUUUGUUCACGAUGGAUAUUUACACCAAGAUUCGGACUCGGCCAUCUGAGAAGGAGCUGAUGCUGGCUGGCAGGGCAUUUAUGUUAGUCUUAAUUGGCAUCAGCAUUGCCUGGGUUCCUGUGGUGCAGUCAGCUCAGAGUGGGCAGCUCUUUGAUUAUAUUCAGUCUGUAACCAGCUACCUGGGACCUCCCAUUGCUGCUGUUUUCCUGCUUGGUAUCUUCUGCAAGCGUGUCAAUGAGCAGGGUGCCUUCUGGGGCCUAAUUAUUGGGCUGCUGGCUGGACUGGGCAGGAUGAUCUCAGAGUUUGCCUACGGAACUGGCAGCUGUGUGGUCCCUUCCAACUGCCCCUUCAUCAUCUGUGGCAUUCACUACCUUUACUUUGCAAUCAUCCUCUUUGGGGUUUCUGCCAUCGUCAUCCUGGCAGUCUCCUUCAUGACCAAGCCCAUUCCUGAUGUACAUCUUUACCGCUUGUGCUGGUCCUUGCGGAACAGCAAAGAAGAACGGAUUGAUCUUGAUGCAGAGGAGGAGCAGGACAGAUCUGAUGAAAAAGAUGAUGAAUCAGUUAAUGAGGAAAACCAGGAGGACCCGGGAUGCUGCAGGAAAGCUUACAACUGGUUCUGUGGCUUGGACCAACAGAAGGCCCCCAAACUGAGCAAGGAGGAAGAAGAGGCACUGAAGAAAAAACUGAUGGACACCAGCGAAGUGCCACUGUGGAGAAACAUUGUGAAUGUCAAUGGCAUCAUCCUCUUGACUGUGGCUGUGUUUUGCCAUGCCUACUUUGCAUAACCCCUUGAUCACAGUCCUGAAAUUGUACUGCACACAGUACACAGUACUGCAUGGUUCCAGCAGAAAUGAUGGCUUGUAGAUUUACACAAUUAGAUACACAUUGCAUUUUCAUUAUCUACAUUUGUUAAACAUUGGAGUGAUUUACUCACUGAUUUUGUGAUCAUAAUUUCAGCAAUUUAAAGAUGAAGGCCACUGGGAUUUUAAGAGAGAGAAUUUCUAUUUAGACAUUGAACCAACCCUGGGCUGAGGUUCAGAAUUUCCAUCCAAUAUUCUCUCUGCUCAUUAUACAUUUCAUAUUUUGGGUUCUGAACAAGGCUGCAUGAGCCAUAUUUCAUUUCAGGUCUUGUGAACUAUCUUUUAGGGUUGAUGACCCUAUUUUGAUUUUCAUCCCUUCCUCUGAUCAUUCAAUUUUCCUCUUCCUUUGGUUGUGAUAAUUUGAUUGCAAAAAGCCUGCAACCACUGAGGGACUGUGUUACAAAUUCAAAACAUUGCUUUUGUCCCUCCAGACAUGGGAUAUCUUAAGUAAAGGAUUUAUGUAUAUAUCAAGGUAUUUGAUAUUAUCUAUAAUUUCCCAUUAUAGUUUUCCCCCCUUUUUCUCACUUUCCAUUGGGUUGUGUUUCUCAGUUGUCAGUGGAACACUAACCUCUGAAUUGAUCACAUUUUGAAAUUGGGGAACACCUGUCUCAAUCUUAAAAAGAAUUUUGCUUACAGUAGAUUAUCUGUUUAAGGUUAACUUCCAAAGGUCCUCCUCUCUUGAUAUUUUAAUAUAUUACUAUACUUGAAUGUGAAAGUUUUUAUACAAAAUACAUGUAUUAUAUAUACACAGACGAUACAUUAUGUAUAUGCACUCUAGAUAUUAUAUAUAUUUAAAAUAUAUUUUUAUGUGUGUGUAUACAUAUUUAUUUCUUACUGAUCAGUUCCCACCCUGGUGUGUCAAAGACCUCUUUACUGUGGGCUUGGAGUCAAUGUGCUGCCUCUGUCUGUGGACUGUGCUACAGACCUGCCCAAGGUGAAACAGCCACAGCAUUGGGAUGCUGGGCUGCAUUUUGCAAAUACAUUGAAGGGCUCUGUACUGCUUUUCUGCAAAGCUAUAAAUCUUUCCUCUGAAGAUUUCAUUGAGAAAUAGGAUUCCUGCUGCAUGGCAGCAUGAGUUAGCAGUUCAGGAAGGAGAACAGCCACAGCUGUGGGAUAUCAGCUAAACCAGGCUGAGUGUCUCCACUCCAUAAGUUUGGUACCAGCUGGGGACAUAAGAAAAGACAAAUUUAACACUUCAAAGCAAAAAGCAAUAGAUCUUCUUUUCAUCUCAUUCAUCUUCCUGGAGAGUCAAGUGUAGAAAGAAGAUGCUGGUUGCUCAGUCAGGCAGUGCCCCAGCUCCUGUUCCUUUUCACACACGUUGGUGGCACUGGGCUGUCCCAGAGCAUCGCCGAGGUUCUGCCACAGGACUGGCAGCAAGGGCAGUGGAGGGGAAGGCAGAGCAGCCCCUGCAGUGCUCGGCUCACUGCUCUGCCUCCUGGGCUUUCAGCACUGCCACUUCUUAAUCUCCUGGCAGCACCUUGGCUUCAUUUGGAUCUAACCCCAAAUUCUCUGCAUUCCAGCAGAACUGCUGCUCUUCAGUUGAAUUGAUGCUAUUCAGCAUAAUCCCUGCAGGACCCUUUGCAUAGGUAGAUUAAAUCAAUACUUCAGAAAUACCAAUGCAAACCUUAACACAGUGAUAGAGUAUUUUAAAGACCAUGGAAUUAAUUGUAUUUAAUGAACUAUGAAGACUCGUAUGCAUUAAAGUAAUUGUAUAUUUUGAAGUA